CGAUCAUUGGCCGAUGUCGACUCCUUGGUGAUUUCACCCGUCACCGACUCGUAUCUGCAUUUGAUAAAAAGCACGCCGGGCAUUGCAACCGUGCCUUUUCCCGAGUAUCGCUUCAAGACUUCCUCUUCUACUCUUGCACAAACAGCAAAUCAACAUAGAGCACAGAGGUCGCGGAAGAUUCCGGGGAGAGAGAGAGAGAGAGAGAGAGAGAGAGAGAGCAGAAAGGGAGGGGGUGAUCGAGUCAUUCUACACACUCAGUCUGUCAUUGAAGUUAAUUUUUUAUGUCGGAGAACUGGUAGCCAACAAGACAAUAGAUCGGCGUUCGAUCCAACGGGGGCAGCAAGUUGCAAUCAGCUGUGCAAGUCAGCCAGAGGGAGAUAGAGAGAUCAUUCCCACACACACACACAGAGAGAGAGAGAGAGAGAGAGAGAGAUGGAAAGAUGGAGAUAUCAUUGUGGGUUAUUGACGACGGGGUUAGCGAGAGUGUUGAAUCUCCUAGUGGUAGCUGGUGGCGCAGCGGCCAUUGUGAUGGUGUUUGUUCUGGAACACAAGCCCCGGUCUGCGGUAGCAUUCGGUUUUAUUGGUCUGGGUAUUGUGGCCAUCAUUUCUGGAAUUACUGGUGUGUGUGCCGCUUCUCGCACUUCGUGCUUCAUCUGUCACUUGCUAUUGGCUCUGUUGUCGGCCGCGGGGCUCGCGACAUCUGCCCUGUGCAUUUUCUUGCGUAUGGACGAGGUCACGACGAGGGUGCACAGCCGGAAGAUGUCGGGAGAAAAUGUAAAGGAUAUCUUGAGGAUCGAGGGAGGAGUUUUCGCGGGAAUGUUGGUGCUAGUGGUGACGGGAAUCGCAUUGUCGAUCAUCAUCAAUUGUUGCGACCUGUUGAAUUACAAGUACGAGGAUCUGGAGAUGGGGGACAGGAGGCGGGCCGAUAUGCAGAAAAUCAGGCAGGACGCUAAGCGGAGCGUCGCGAGAGCGGCUCCCGUGAAAUCGGCGGCUCUGGCGGAGAAAAUGAGGGAGAAGUACGGCAAAUUCGUCACCGCGGACGAGUUCUCCUCAAAGUGAAAGCACAGCCGCGAGAGAGAGAGAGAGAGAGAGAGAGAGAGAGAGAGAGAGAGAGAGAGAGAGAGAGAGGGCAGAACUCGUGACCGUCGACGAAUUCUCUUUAUGUAAACACAGAAGUUCGCACAGAGACGGAUACACAGGCCGGCAAGCACACACACACAGAGAGAGAGAGAGAGAGAGAGAGAGAGAGAGAGAGAGAGAGAGAGAGAGAGAGAGAGAGAGAGAGAGAGAGAGAGAGCUGGACAGAUACGUAGAAAUGUAGAUAAUAUGAGGUAGAAAAGGCCGACAGCAGAUGAGUUCUCCGCCAAGUAAACACAGCCGAUUCAC